AACGUAACGUAGGAGCCGAGCAGAAUGCAGGAAGCCGUGAAGUUCAAUCUUAAGGAGGUUAAGUCGGACCUUCUGCAUGCGAUACACGAGUGUUCCCAGCGUGGUUUGUUACACACUACCAAAUGGUUAGCGGAAUUGAAUUAUUCGCUGAAGAACGUAGGGACAGAUGAUUUGACUGCGGAUACCAAGGUGCCGGAGGUCGGCGAGGCAGAGGAUGUUUAUACCCUGGCUAAAACGUACUUUGAUCUGAAGGAAUACGACAGAGCGGCGUAUUUCACGAUGGACUGUACGAGUCCCAAGAUCAGAUUUCUGCAUUUGUAUUCGCGUUACUUGUCAGGGGAGAAGAAGAAGAUAGACGAUAUGACGGACGUGCCGCCGGAUCCUUUGAAAAACGAGACUCUGAAGUACCUUUGCGCCGAUCUGAGAUCGGAUCAUCUGGCAUCGAAGCUGGACGGCUACGGGUUGUACCUUUUUGGCGUAACGUUGAAGAAGCUGCAGCUCACCAGAGAGGCGACAGACGUUUUGGUGGAGUCUAUUCACAAGGAGCCCAUGCAUUGGGGCGCAUGGCUAGAGCUGGCCGCGUUAAUCACGGACAGGGAGAAGCUGGAGAGCCUCCGCCUGCCGAAUCACUGGAUGAAAUAUUUCUUCAUGGCGCACAUGUACUUGGAGCUGCAGCUCAUAGACGAGGGCCUAGAUCUGUACUGCCAACUGCAAUUGAUGGGCUUCCAGAAAAACGGCUACGUCUUAGCUCAAACUGCAAUUGCAGUGCAUUACAGAAGAGAUGUUGAUAAGGCAAUAGAAAUUUUCAAAAGAAUCAUAGAUGAAGAUCCUUAUUGCCUUGAUAACAUGGAUACGUAUUCGAAUUUGCUUUAUGUGAAAGAAAUGAAAGUUGAAUUAGCAGAUCUGGCGCACAGAGCCACCGAGAUAGAUAAAUAUAGAUUGGAGACUUGUUGUAUAGUUGGAAAUUAUUACAGCUUAAGAGCUGAUCAUCAAAAGGCAGUGAUGUAUUUUCACAGGGCGUUAAAAAUGAAUCCGCAAUAUUUAUCAGCUUGGACGUUGUUAGGCCACGAAUUUAUGGAAAUGAAAAAUACCAAUGGCGCUAUCCACAGUUACAGACAGGCGAUUGAGGUGAACAGACGAGACUAUAGAGCGUGGUACGGCUUGGGUCAGACGUACGAAAUCUUGAAAAUGCCGUUUUAUGGACUGUAUUAUUAUAAACAAGCUCAGCUCUUAAGGCCCCACGACAGUAGAAUGGUUCUAGCUCUGGGCGAAGCAUACGAGAAGCAGGAUAAAAUUCAAGAUGCACUCAAAUGUUAUUACAAGGCAUGCAAUGUGGGCGACAUAGAAGGAAUGGCACUCUUAAAAUUGGCAACGCUGUACGAAAAAUUAGGAGAACAUGAUCACGCAGCGGCGGCUUACACAGAUUUUGUGGUGGACGAAUCUCGAAGUGUCGACAGAACAGAGCUAAGUCACGCGUAUAAAUAUCUUACACAGUAUCACUUAAAGAAGGAACAAUUGGAUCAAUCUAAUCACUAUGCACAGAAAUGCCUUCAGUUUGACGAAACGAAAGAGGAAGCAAAGGUGCUAUUGAGAACUAUCGCUGAAAAAAGAACUAAAGUAGAAGAAACCUCUAUGGUGGUGGAUGAUAUGAACGAAACAGAUCCUGUAAUUGAGCAAAGAGCGCGAACGGAUGCAACACCGGGAAGUCAACUAUCACCGAUGAAUCUUUCGUUCACACCCACGCCAUAAACAAAACAAAUAUUUUUCGUAU